GUUUAGGGUUUGAUGUUACGCCUAUAAAAAUUGAUCCAUCUCCACCUUAGGGUUCCGGUACAGCGUAGAGCGGAGGAGAAGCCGGCAAAUAAGGGGACGAUUGCUUCACGUAAUAACGGCUUCAAACGUCAACCAACCGCAGAUGGAUGGGGAAAAGAAGACUGGAUCAGGGAACGAGCCACAAGACAUGGAUCAAGAUCAAGGACACCAUGGCUCCAGUGUAGAUGUAGAAAGCGCUUUGGCUUUGUUGGCCAAUGAUAUAAAUAAAAUUAUGAGGUGUAUUGGGCCGAUGGUAAACAAACUCGAAGAUCUGGACAAACGUGUAGAAUUAAUGGAGACGGGUUUGAAAGAAUAUCAAGAAGAGCGAGUGGAUUUGCAUCCUACAAGGGAGAAACCACCUCCUUUCAACCCAGAUAUACGUUUCCCAACAUUCCCUGAGAAGUUUGAUUGUGAUGUCUUUCGCAAAUGGGUAAAGGAAGUAGAAUUGUAUUUUGAGUAUUAUCAUGUCCCAGGGUAUCAACAAUUCGAACUUGUAGUUGCCUCAUUGCCACAAGAGGGAGAGGUUUUUCAAUGGUGGCAAGAUAUCAAAGAGCUAUGCACUAGAACUAGACUCCCUUUAUUGAUUCCCAUUGGGUGGAACGAGAUGAAGAGGUUGGUUAUGCAUAAAUUCCUUCGUCCAAUGCUUAACAAAACAUCCACAGUUUCUUUGUGACGGAUUUUGUAUUUAAUUAGUUUCUUUGUGACGGAUUUUGUAUUUGGAAUUUAAGGAAAGUUAUAAUCCCUUUUA